AUGUCCACGACGGAAGCGCAGUACCAGGCAGCCCGCCGCGGCGGUAGCGGCGACAACAGAUCUCCCCUAAUCGGCUCCUCAGCGCCGUCGUACUACACGGCGUCGAACGCUGCUACGGCAGGAUCGUACGGCAACAACGACCCGCAGGCGCAACUCCCUGCCUCUGGCGCAUACCAAGGUGCGACGAUUUCGCCACGACCGAGUGGUCACCGUGCGACGGGUGGUAUCACAUACGAAGAGCCUGACCUCUACACGUCGUACAUUGGUCUCGUACCCUCGCCAGACCAGUACGGCUCAGUGAGCCAGGGCUACACCGCCGUCGACGGACCACGCUUUGUUCAGCAGUGCCCUGCGUCAACUGCAAACCUGUCUCGUGCCGGCUCGGGUGGCGCGCCGCCUGCCUACUACGGCAAUGUCACCUCUUGGCCUCAGGGCAGUGGUAAUCAUCCUUCGAACGGCAUGAGUAACGCCAUGGAAGCAUAUCUCCGUGAUCGCAAUGACCCGUAUGGGUACUCCAAUGGGCCAAGCCGCCGUCACUAUCCUCAACGUUAGCCGUGGUUCUCGUCCUGCUCAACUCGGGCUUGUCCAUCUCGAAGAGCAAGCAGCAGGCAACUGCACUUCCAAACAGACAUAGAUACCCGGGUUCGCCGACGGAACGGGCAAG